AUGGUUAUUGUUCAACGAAAAAAAAAUGUAGAAAAGGAUGUUCAAAACGACACGUGGGAGUUUUUGGCAGAACGGCCUUGCCGUAUAUAUGUCAAAGAUUUGUUUAGCAAAGUUUGGAGAGAAGAUGCUAGACCUGUUUACCUCCUAAAUUCGAACUCCGGAGAGUCCUUCAAGGUUCAGUUGCCAAAGGCAGGGCCAGUGCAUGCCGCCAAAUGGAAUCCUGUUGGAAAAGACUUUUGCGUUUGCUAUGGCUUUAUGCCAGCUGUGGUUAGCAUAUACAAUCUUCGCGGAGACGAAAUUUUCCACACAGAUGAAGGCCCACGCAAUGAUAUUUUCUACAAUGUGUUUGGUAAUAUUUUGCUGACUUGCGGUUUUGGUAAUUUAGGCAAAGGGAAAAUGGAGUUCUGGGAUGUGGAGAAAAUGAAACAAAUUGUUGCUAUUGAAGUACCCAACACUACAUUAUUCGAGUGGGCUCCGGAUGGGCAACACUUCCUCACCGCCACCACCACACCUCGCCUCAGAAUAGAUAACGGCUUUAGGUAA